CGUAAGCCUAGCAACCGCGCAGGCUCCGGGACAAGUCCGUUAUGGCUGCUACCGCCUUGGGAAGGAUGAGAGGGGCUGUGCCAGCGAAGCUGCUCUCCGGGUCGGGGAUGCCGGCUCCCGCGGGGCUCGCGCGGCCGCUGGUCCUGGCACUCCUGGCGCUGGUCUUGACCCCUGAUAUGUCAGCGGCACAGCUUGAAAAUCAAACUGUACUUACCCUAAUUACUUCUACGAAUGCUCUCAGACAUGAAAAUCAAACCACGCCUUCCGCUUCCCCCGUCAGCACCACUUUCCCUGCCCCAGCUGGCACUGAGAAGAGCACAGAGGCGCCAGCAGCCUCCCGGCCCUCGCCCAGCCCCUCUCUGCGCCCAGAGGCAGCUGUUGACCCCGAGGCCCCAGGCCUGGAGGAGGAGGAUGAGGAGGAAGGGGAGGAGCUGCUCAUCCCGAACAGCCCUGAGUCCCCAGGCAGAGACCCCCUGGACAACGGGGACUACGGAGAGGGUGAGGCCGACUACAACUGGACGCCCAGCCCCAGGGAUGAGGAGCAGGAGGAGGCCUUGGAGGAGCGCGGCAGCUACGUGGAAAUCGCGCAGUCCGUGAGCGCUUUCAAGUCCCCACCCUCAAACGUGGAAGGGGAGGACAGCCACUUCUUUUUUCACCUUAUUAUCUUCGCUUUUUGUAUUGCCGUUGUCUACGUUACGUAUCACAAUAAAAGAAAGAUUUUCCUCCUAGUUCAAAGCAGAAAGUGGCGUGAUGGCCUUUGUUCUAAAACAGUGGAAUAUCACCGCCUGGACCAGAACGUUCACGAGGCCAUGCCUUCUCUGAAGAUUACCAAUGAUUAUAUUUUUUAAAGCACUGAUUCGAGUUUGCUUAUUAUGUAAUUUUAUUUGCUUGACUUUUUAUAUGCUAUUGUGCAGGUGUUUGCCAUAGCAUUUGGUACUUAAAUAAGAGGCGGAGCUUUCUUGCCUUGGUGCUUUGGAAAUCAAACGUCACAGCAGGAGUAUAUAAUUUUUUAUCUACACUUUUAGAGCUGAUUCACCCAGGUUCCCAAAUGUAAGUUAAGCGUUACCUUAUAUUUAUACUCUGCCUCUAGUUUCUAUUACUUUUCAUUUCUUGUACUAUUUCUGGAAGUUACAGUAUUUUUAAAAGAUCCCAAGCUUUUAACUAAAUUCUAACAUAUCUAGUGCCAGUUUCUUAAAUUUCACUUGCCAUCCAAAUACUAAUUUUUAUUGUAAAUUUCUUGGUGGUCACCAACUGUAAUGUACAAGGAUGGAUGUGAUAAUGCUUCACAUUUAAGUAACAUUUUGUUUUCUGACGAAAACUCUUUAGAUAACUCAGGCAACAAACACGGUUUAAGAUAAUGGUGUUGGUCAAUUUGACCACUUUUGGGUAACAUUAAAUGUGUCUAGAAAUUAUGGCAAAAAGGACUACAGUUUGCGGUGGGUAUAGAGAAAAUGCAACGUGGACACCGUUGUUUGGUUUGGUUUGAAUUGCUGCAUUAAGUUGAGACCUAGUAGGAGCUGUGGUGAGGUGUUAAGACACACCAACGGUUACUUGUAGAUGCAGUUGAGGGUAGCACAGAUGCCUCCAAGUUCUCAAGCAGUGGGCAGAGUUUACAAUUACAUCAUUGUUUUUAUUGUGAAAUAAGUUUGAAUAGGUCUUUUAGGGAACAUUAUCACUUGAAUAAUGUUGUUUUUAGGUUUUUGGAAUUAAAAUUAUACCUGAAUGAACUUGUUUGUAUACAUAAAGGAUAUAUGUGUACAAUGACUUCUCCCUCCUGGACUUAGUAUAUUUUCUUUUUACAGCAACUGGAAAUUACUGUAUUUUAUGUUAGCCUGUCUUUCUGUCAUAAAGAAUUGAUCAGGGCUGGGGAGAUAGCUCAGUAGAAUAAGUGCUUGCCUAGCAUGUGCAAGGUCCUGAGUUCAAUCCCCGGUUCCGCAAAAAAAAAAAAAAAAAAAAGAUCAAUGUGUAAAUACAUGAUUUGAACCGCAGUUGACUUUUAGGUCAGGUGCUGCUGCGGCGUUUUAGGGAACACGACCUCUGCCAUCGUGGGUGAAGCCCAGGCAGUGGCCUGCGCUUACGGCGAGAAGGGAGGAGCAGUGCUGCCCCCAUCUCCGCUGCAGGUCUGCUGCGCUGAGGAGGAAGGGAGCGCAGCGGAAAUAUGCCUGAACUGUUGUAUUGCAGUAAUUUUUUCAUAUCUGAAAUUGUAUUAUUAAAAAAAUGAAAUUGUAUUAUUUAAUAUUUUGAAUAAGAUUUUAAAAAAUAAAUGGCAAAGAUGUA